CUCCCAGUCUCCACGGCAGCCGUUGCUAGCUAGUCGCGCGCCAUGGACUCGACGACCCCGCUGCUGCAGCCUGCCGCGAAGAAGGAGCCGGCGCCGUCGUCGCACGGGGGCGGCAGCCGGGAGCUGGAGGCGAUCCUGAGCGACGCGGCGGCGCCAUGGGCGCGGCGGGCGUGGGAGGGGGCUAGGGUGGAGCUGCCGCUGCUGCUGCGGGUGGCGCUGCCGGCGGUGUCCGUGUACAUGAUCAACUACGUCAUGUCCAUGUCCACGCAGAUCUUCUGCGGCCAGCUCGGCAACCUCGAGCUCGCCGCCGCGUCGCUCGGCAACACCGGCAUCCAGGUCUUCGCCUACGGCCUCAUGCUCGGGAUGGGCAGCGCGGUGGAGACGCUGUGCGGGCAAGCCUACGGCGCGCACAAGCACAGCAUGCUCGGCGUGUACCUGCAGCGCUCCGUCGUGCUCCUGGCGGCCACCGGCGUGCCCCUCGCCGUGCUCUACGCCUUCUCGGAGCGCGUCCUCAUCCUCCUCGGCGAGUCCGAGCGCAUCGCCAAGGCGGCCGCGGUGUUCGUGUUCGGCCUGAUCCCGCAGAUCUUCGCGUACGCCGCCAACUUCCCGAUCCAGAAGUUCCUGCAGGCGCAGAGCAUCGUGGCGCCGAGCGCCUACAUCUCGGCCGCCACGCUGGUGCUCCACCUGCUGCUGACCUGGCUUGCGGUAUACCGGCUGGGCCUGGGCCUCCUGGGCGCGUCGCUGGUGCUGAGCCUGAGCUGGUGGGUCAUCGUGGCGGCGCAGUUCGCGUACAUAGUGACGAGCCCGCGGUGCAGGGAGACGUGGACCGGGUUCACCACGCAGGCCUUCACCGGCCUCUGCGGGUUCUUCAGGCUGUCGGCGGCGUCCGCCGUGAUGCUGUGCCUGGAGACGUGGUACUUCCAGAUCUUGGUGCUCAUCGCCGGCCUGCUCAAGAACCCCGAGCUCUCCCUCGACUCCCUCUCCAUAUGCAUGACAGUGAACGGAUGGGUGUUCAUGAUCUCGGUCGGGUUCAACGCCGCGGCGAGCGUGCGGGUGGGGAACGAGCUGGGCGCGGGCAACCCGAGGGCGGCGGCGUUCUCGGUGGUGGUGGUGACCUCGCUCUCGCUCGCCGUGGCGGUGGUGUGCGCCGGCGUCGUGCUCUGCCUCCGCGACCAGCUAAGCUACUUCUUCACCGGCGGCGAGGCCGUGGCGCGGGCGGUGUCCGACCUCUGCCCGCUCCUCGCCGUCACGCUCGUCCUCAACGGCGUCCAGCCCGUCCUCUCCGGCGUGGCGGUGGGUUGCGGGUGGCAGGCGUUCGUAGCGUACGUGAACGUCGGCUGCUACUACGUCGUCGGCGUGCCGCUCGGCGUCUUCCUCGGCUUCUACCUCGACUACGGCGCCAAGGGCGUUUGGAGCGGCAUGGUGAUUGGGGGAACCCUAAUGCAGACGCUCAUCUUGCUGUGGGUCACCUUCAGAACCGACUGGAACAAGGAGGUGGAGAAAGCCAAGGCGAGGUUGGACGAGUGGGAGGACAAGAAACAGCCUCUCCUAGAGGAUUGAAGACCUAGCUAGAUCACGACGCAACGCUCGCACGCAGUGAUGGACUUUUUGAUGAUCAGAUCAGAGGCGGGGACGUCAUUUGGAUUUUAGAGCAUGCGUAUUAUGCAUGGCGAUUGCCCCAUGUUAUGCUUUGCAUAUUUUGAACGAGCAGUACGUCCAAUUAAUAAAAGAAACGAAUCUCUA